GGCUGUUUGCUGAAAUGCUCUCCGUCUAGUUUACCUGCUUUCCUCUCCUAACCUCAGCUUCGUUAGUUGACUCUUCCCAGCACUACACGCUGAGAGGAGUGCUAAACUAUUGCAUUUAUCUGCUUCACUCUUCAGCAUUUCUGGUCUCUUUGUAAUCCAAUUUCAUAUUUUUUUUUUGUUCUCUUCAGCUGAGACCGUGCUGCACGAAAAAAGGAAUCAGAAAGACUUGAGUUUUUUUUUUUUUUACCCCCUCCGUCUCGUGCAAUUUGUUAAAAGACUGUUUUGCGAUAAACAGCUUGCUCUGCAGACGUGUGUCUGGCAGUUUUUGGGGGAUUUGUUGCAGCUGAAGGCAGGAGGAGCGCACCGUCCGUUGAGGAUCUUUAAUCGAGCAUUCGGAGAGCGCCAUGGCGACCGAAGUGGAUACGUGGUCCACCGCUCCGCAAGCCGACGGGAUGUUCUCUUUCGACGACAACCUGGCGGGGGCUAACCGUCCCUACAGCGAUGAUGACGACGCGCUGAAUGAGGCGGAGGUGAACGGCAACUGGACGCCCCAGGAGAAAGCGCUGCACGAGGCGCGGCUCAAAGCCAAAGCCAAGCGCCGCCUGCGCAAGUCCUCGUCCCGCAACUCAACCAGCGAGUCCAUCUCUGAGUCAGGAGAUUUGGCAGGAAGCGACCCACACAGUCCAAAAGGCAAAGUCAACACCAACGACCGCAAAUCCAGGACGGGCAAGGGCAGAGGCCUGCCAAAAAAAGGUGGGGCAGGUGGGAAAGGAGUCUGGGGGGCUGCUGGGAUGGUUUAUGAAGAUGAGGAGCCUGAUGUACGGGAUCCUAACUAUGAUGAAUCUGCCCAGGGGGACACAGUUUAUGCAACAGUUGUGCCAGAGGUUGAUGAGAAGGAACUGGAAAAAAUGGUCAACCCAAUUGUGCAGGAGUACUUUGAACAUGGAGACACAAAAGAGGUCCAGAUGUUGCUGAAGGGGCUCAACUUGGGCCCCCAUAAGUAUGAGUUCUCCUCCCUGGCCGUGUCCCUGUCCCUUGAGGGCAAAGCCAGCCACAGAGAGCUGACCUCCCGCCUGCUCUCUGAUCUGUCGGGCAAGAUGCUGUCACAGAGUGACAUGGCCCGAGCCUUCGACAAGAUGCUGAAAGAGCUACCGGACCUCAUACUGGACACACCGGAGGCUCCACAGAUGUUAGGCCAGUUCAUAGCCAGAGCCAUAGCGGACCACGUCCUCCCCAUGUCUUUCCUGGACUGUUACAAGGGCAAAGUGGACUGUGAGCACGCCAGAGUGGCUUUAGACCGUGCUGCAGUGCUGCUGACCAUGAAGACGAAGAUUAUGCGUUUAGACAAUGUGUGGGGUGUGGGUGGAGGCCUGAGACCUGUCAAACAUCUCGUCAAAGAGAUGAACCUUCUGCUCAAGGAGUACCUGAUAUCAGGAGAUGUGUCGGAGGCAGAGCACUGUCUGCGGGACCUGGAAGUCCCCCACUUCCACCAUGAGCUGGUCUAUGAGGCUAUAGUGAUGGUGCUGGAGUCCAAAGGAGACACUGCCAGUCAUAUGAUGAUAAAGCUGCUGCAGUCCUUCUGGAAAACAGGCCUCAUCACUGUGGAUCAGAUGAACAGGGGUUUCCAGCGCGUCUACGAUGAACUCCCUGAAAUCAACCUCGAUGUGCCACAUGCCCACUCGAUCAUGGAGACCUUCGUGGACCUCUGCUACCAGGAGUCUGUCAUCACCAAGCAGCUGAGAGAUGCCUGUCCCUCCAGAGGGCGAAAGCGCUUUGUAAGUGAAGGAGAUGGAGGCGUGAUCAAGAACUAAUCCACAAGAGGAAGAGGAAGAGCAGGAGGAGGAGGAGGAGAAGGGGUGUCUACAGGUUCUCGCCCCCUGUUUACGCUCCAGCAUGCCCUUCUGAAAUGGGGCAUGGCUGGCAGUCUCAAGUUUCCUUGUUCCUCUCCUGAUAAUGUUGUCAUUACACAAACCAGCGUUGACGUUCGGUGAAAGCAGACUGAAGAGUGGCGUUCAGUACCCUUCAUCUUGUUAAUCACUGUUUUUGACAUUUUUGUAAGAAUAUUCUUUAUUUCUGGGGUUGAUGUUCCCCCGUUGCCUCAGUCUUUGUACCUGUUUGUCAAGAAUAAUUCAAGUCAGAGCUGCAGAAGACAGACAGGUGGGCAGGUUGGGUUUUGUGCGAGAUGAGUUUUGGUUGUUUGUCUCUUGCUUUGCUUCACCUGUUGCCACAUCUCGAUUUUUUUUCAUGUUAAGCACUAUAAAUGGAAAAAAAAGCACUUAAAAGAGAGCAUACUGCACAGUCAGUGAGCACUUAGAAAUUUAGCUCAACAACAAUGAACUAAACCAUUUCAUUUUCUGCUACAAAUGAUUUGAAAUUAUUUCAAGGCUACCAUACUUAGAACCCUCUGGUUCCAGUGGUUCUGUUGAUUUGAGUUUUGAGGUUUAUUUUUUUCUUUUUUUUUUUUUUCUUUUUUUUUAAAAUCUUGGUCUCUGCGGCCAAAUCUUCCCGUUGUACAACACAGCAAUCAGAGCAAGAGGUGUUUGGGCACUGUUUGGGUGUUUUAUUGCAUUAGGGCAAGUAUACAUUGGAAGCCCUUAAUGAAAAUAGGAAUAAAUUGGGGUUAAUGUGUGUAAAUACAAUUGAACAAGCAAUAUUUUGAGCAUUCUGACUUUGCUUGCAGUUAAUGUAUCCACAGCCACAUGGUCAGCAGUGGAUUCUGGACAGGUAACCUUAAAUAUAAAUCCAAACUUGCUCUAGAAAACAGAAUUGAUCUGGAUAAUUUCUUUAAACUUGGAAUCUGUUUAAUAUGUCUGUGAGAAGGCAACCCUGAUAUGUUGGGUAUAUUCAGAUUUUUCUGCCACUGUCUGUAAAAGUUUUACAUGUUGACCAAAGUUGAAAUGUGGAUAAGAAAUAUAUUUCAUUCAUUAAAAAAGGCAACAAAAUGAA